AUGGCGGACUUGACUCGCCGGAAUGCCCGGGCGUCGAUCAUAAAAAGUGUGGAUAUCUACUUGAAUUCGCCACUCUGUUUCAAAUUUGAGCAUAAACAAAUAUUAUACAGUACUAGGAUUGCUGCCGCUGUUCCACGCGUUAGCAAACUAGUUUAUAGCUUCGACAGUUUUCAUUCCCGAAUACACACAUUGGAACAGGCACCGGCCGUUGAUGUGAUUGGUAUUGGAUUAGAGUCUGGAAAAGUCAUUAUCCAUAAUAUCAAAUACGAUGAAAGUAUAAUGACAUUCACACAGGAAUGGGGACCUGUUACGACCAUAGCAUUUCGAACAGAUGGCCAUCCUGUUAUGGCAACAGGAAGUACUGCUGGACAUGUUGCAUUGUGGGAUUUAGAAGAGCGCAAGUUAUUAAGUCAGAUGCGUGAUGUUCACCAUGGUGCCGUGGCAUCAUUAAAGUACCUUCCAUCAGAGCCAUUGAUGGUAUCUACCUCAGCAGACAACUCCAUUAAGAUAUGGAUAUUUGAUAUUGCUGAUGGUGGUGGACGUCUUUUACGACAGAGAAGUGGGCAUUAUGCUCCCCCAAGUAAAAUUCGAUUCUAUGGUCCAAACGGUACAGAUAUAUUAAGUGCAGGUCAGGACAGCACCCUAAAAUCAUUCUCAACUGAGCAUGACAAGCAUAAUAAAAACCUCGGCCAGGCAUCUAUGAAUCGAAAACUUGCCAAGAGAAAAGGAAUCAAGUAUGAUGAAUACAAAUUACCACCCAUCACAGUAUUUGCGUCAGAGACAAGUCGGCAGAGUGAAUGGGAUGGUAUAAUCGCAUGUCAUCUUGGUAGUCCUGUUGUUACAUCAUGGAAUUAUCAAAAGUGCAGUAUGGGUAAACAUAAAAUACAGCAUGAGAGGUUUACAGAGGAAAAGCAUAUAGAAGCAUUGUGUACAGAUAUCAGUAGUUGUGGUAAUUUCUUUAUUGUUGGUUGGAAUAAAGGUCAUGUUGACCUUUAUAACAUUCAAUCUGGUAUCCAUAGAGGCCAGUAUGGCCAAACAGUUGCUCAUAGUGGUGCUGUUAGAGGUGUGGCCAUUGACGGCUUGAACCAGAUCGUUGUUACAGCAUCUACAGAUAAGACGCUUAAAUUCUGGAGAUUUAAAAAGAAGAAUCUUUUGUUUACGUUGAAAACAGAUUUGUCAAUAUCUCAAAUAUUGCUGCACAGAGAGAGUUCCAUGCUCGCUGUGGCAAAUGAUGAUUUUUCUUUAAUUAUUGUCGAUAUUGAUGUCAGAAGGAUUGUGCGAAAAUUUAUUGGUCAUAAAAACAGAAUAACAGAUAUGUGUUUUAGUCCUGAUGGUCGUUGGUUACUAACAACGUCGAUGGAUUCUGCUGUUCGAACUUGGCAUUUACCCUCUGGCAGAUUGAUUGAUGUCUUUCUGGUCGAUCCGCCUCCUACCAGUGUAACCAUGUCACCAACAGCUGAUUUUAUAGCAACAAGUCAUGUCGAUGAUCUAGGUGUCUAUCUUUGGUCAAAUCGCACUCUGUUUUCCCAUGUAUCACUCCACCCAUUACCUGAGGACUACAUUCCAACACAGCUGCUCUUGCCCGGCACCCAUCAUGGAGAAGAUCACCAUGACGAUAUCAGUGAUAGUACAGUCAGUGUGAAUGUGGAUGAAGAAUUCAAAUCACCACAACAAAUUUCAGCUGAGUUGAUCACAUUAUCGUUGUUGCCGCAUUCCAGGUGGAAAAAUCUCACCAAUUUGGAGUUGAUUAAGAAAAGAAAUAAACCAAAAGAGCCACCAAAGGUUGCUAAAUCAGCACCAUUUUUUCUACCAACCAUCCCAGGUCUGACCCCUCAGUUCAAACAACCUGAUGUAGAUGCUGAAAAAAAGGUGAUGUCCCAUGUUAUUGAUUUUGCUGGUCUGCAGGCAGAAUCUGAGUUUAUCCAACUUAUAAAAGAGAAUAUUGAAAUGAACAACUUUGAGUCAAUAUUAGGUAAACUGAAAGAACUGUCACCGUCCAGUAUUGAUAUAGAGAUUAGAAGCCUAUCACCCAUUGGUGGAGGUUCCAUUGAACACAUGUUACAGUUCUUACAGUUCUUACAACACAUGUUGGAAAGUAAUCAGGAUUUUGAACUAGCACAGGCGUAUAUUGCAAUAUUUUUGAAG